AUGCGCGACAACGACACCAUGCUCGACCUCGACACUACCUUGUACGACCACACACCCACAGUGCACAGCUUCUGGGGUGUUAUCGAAUACGCGUGGUCACGCGUGCAGGAGAACGGGAUCCGCGCCGAUAUCCUGGCCACCUUCCUCAGCGACGACGAUCUUUACCACACAUCCUGGAACAAGACCAUCGACGACCAAUCUCUCCGCGACCUUGUCGACGAGGCCAACGAGCUUAUCCCCUUCUUCUUCAUGGCCCUCAGCAUGGUCGUCGCCGGCUUUGACGAGCCUGCGCGCAUGUACUUCCGCGAAGGCCUCCACCAGAUCCUUCACGACCUCAACAAGUGGGACGGCCACUCCGACUCGCCCGACGAAAAGCGCACCCACACCCGCUGCUGGGUAGUCAUCAUGGGUCGUGAGAUCUACCACACGCUCCGUGCAAAUCCCAUCACUUACAAACACCUCCACUUUGUGCAGGACGUGUUACUGUUCGGCCUUCUGCGUAGUCUUCACAGCGACUGCCUCGAACCUGAGAAGAGACGGCGGUUCAUUCGGUUCAAGUUAUUUUAG